AUGAAGGGGGAUCUAUGGAGUUUAGGAGAUGCUCAAUGGGCAAAGCUGGUUGGUCUUGUCAGAGAUCAGUCCUGGAAUCCUCCAUCUGUGGUUUAUUUCCUGUUCAUACAACUAUUAGCAGCUUUGGUUGCUCUUAUAGAUAUAUAUGGAAGUAGCUCUUUGCUGGAUCCCUCGAGAGACUCUUUUUUGCAGCACUUCUUUUCGUCUUUCAGAAAGAUAGGCUUGAACAUUGUUCUCCUUUACGUAUAUCAGCUUCCAUUUGAGUUCUCUACUGUGUUUCAAUGGGUUGCUGAUUUCAUUGGGCUCUACAAAAUCUCUACAAAAUCAGAAUGGUCGGAGAUUUGUGCUGGUCUUUCACUUUUACUUUUCUACUUCAUGCUUUCCUGCAUUAGAUGUGAUCUUAUGGAAAUGGAUAUACUUGUCUCCACAAGAGAAAGUAGCUUGACCGAGCAGCUUCUUCCCUCUACGCAUUCUUUUUUUAUUCAUGAAUCGAGAUCUGGUGUAAGGCACACCAACGUUUUAAUGAGGGGAGCCGUUUUCAGGAUGUUUAGUAUCAACUUUUUCACUUAUGGUUUUCCGAUCUCCUUGUUUGCUCUUUCAUUCUGGAGUUUCCAGUUUGCAAGUUUGUGCGCAUUUGGAUUACUUGCUUAUGUUGGCUACAUUCUGUGUGCUUUCCCUUCCUUGUUUCACUUGCACUGGUUAAAUGGGUUGCUUCUUGCUUUCAUUCUGUUGUGGGCCGCAAGCACAUAUGUCUUCAAUGUGGCAUUCACAGUGCUCAAUAAGAAACUACUGAAGGAUAUGGCUAUUUGGGAAACUAUUGGAUUGUGGCAUUACCCUGUACCAGGAUUCUUUUUACUUGCACAAUUUGGCCUUGGAAUUCUAGUCGCUAUGGGUAAUCUCGUGAACAGUACAGUUAUCUCAUACUUGUCAGAUGGGUAUGCAGAGACAGAUGAGAAUUGUACCAUGGAUGAGAAAGAGGAAGCAGAAGUAUUGAUUGUAGCUAUGAUAGCAUGGGGACUUCGCAAAAGCUCUCGUAUGAUAGUGCUGGCGCUUAUACUUUCCAUUGCACUGAAACCUGGUUUUUUCCAUGCUAUAUACA